AUGUCUUCCUCGCUCAAGUUCCUGGGUGUCUUUCUCCCAGCCCUUGCUGUUGCCUGCACAGGCCCUCCUGUCAACCAAAACGGUCUUAACUUGAUUAAGAGCUUUGAGUCAUUCCAGCCCAGCGUUUACGACGAUGGCUUCGGCAACCCGACCAUUGGUUAUGGUCACCUCUGUGGCGAUGCGACCUGCUCCGAAGUGACCUACCCUAAGCCAUUGUCCGAGGCAGAUGCCAGCAGACUACUGGCUGAUGACUUGGUUUCCUACCAAGACGCCCUCACCAAUGCCCUAGCGGACCCAGUCACCUUAAAUGAUAACCAAUACGCUGCUCUUGUGUCUUGGACAUUCAACAUCGGAAAUGGCAACAUGCAAAAGUCGGACCUUGUGGCCCGCAUGAACAAGGGUGAGAAUGUGGCGACUGUUGCGCAUGACGAACUGCCGCAAUGGAAUAAGGCCAACGGACAAGUCGUCAAUGGGCUUACUCGUCGCCGCAAGGCUGAGUUGGACCUUUUCGAUGCACCGGCUAUCUAUGGUGCUUUGCCUGUUCCUUGCUGA